AUGUCGAUGCCGAGCUGGAAUGCCAUGGUACCGCCCCCUGGAUACCCGCCGUACAACUACUACGGAGGACCAAUGCCGCCCCCUUGGUACGAACAACAAUUCAAUAAGCAAGCUAGAGGUGCGCUUGACGUGAAUGGUACUUCAGAUAGCAAGGGAGGCAAAAGUAAAUCACAAGAGCCAGAUAAUAAUGUCAUGCCAGAGGCAACAAAACCGAAUCCAUACUACACGAAGAGAGUGUCGCCAUUCAUCAACAUGGGUAGCAACCAACCAGCUUCUAAUGGUAAGCCACCAUCGAAUUCUGGAAAUUCGAACAAUGGUGGUAAAGGUGAUACUCCUAAUUGGGACACCUCAUCUCGGAGAAGCGUUGGAGCAUGGGCGAACAGUAGUAAUAACGAUGGCGGUGCAUGGGGCGAUGCUGCUCCCGCUGAUACGAACAACAACAACAAUAAUACGGGAGGUGGUGAUCACUGGGGUACCGGGGGUGGCAGCGGAGGAGACGCAUGGAAUACAACAAGCAAUAAUGAUCAGUGGAAUAACAACACAGGAGGCGAUCAAUGGGGAGGGGGUAAUAGUAACGGGGCAUGGAAUGGGUCUGGAAAUGACCAAAAUACUCAGAGUGCUUGGAAUACUGGCGAUAACAAUGCGAAUACAGGUGGCGGUACCUGGGGUGACAGCACCGCAAACGACCAACAGCAAACGAACGAUAACAGCGGCAACUGGGGUACCCGAAAUCAAGGGCAGUCAAGUCCUGCAGCAGGAGGAAAUGAAACAACCUCUGCCAUGAUCGAUAACAAUGUUGCCCCCGUCGUGGUGACGACAGCUCCAUUGGAGGAACAGUCCAAGAUGCCGGGUAGCUGGUGCUCGGAGCAUGACGGGCAAGCGGCGUUUGCGAAUCCACCUCGACAGGAGUAUCAGCCUCCGUCGGCGGUGCCGGAAUGGGGAGAUCCGAGUUUGGCAGCGAGUACGGGUGGACAAGUGAAUUGGUGA